AUGCCCCCAAAAAGAUUCAAGCAGUUUGUCUCGGUGACAGUUGCUGGGAUCCAGGAAACCCUUGACACACAAGCAUAUAAGUACUUCAGAUCUGAUAUUAACCCAGCAGAUGUCUUGACAAGAGGAGCACCACCAAAAGAGGUUAAAACUUGGAUGGAAGGUCCUCCAUUUCUUUGGCACCCCGAAGAAGAGUGGCCUAAGUUCGAAGAAAAUUCAAAGAAAGUCGACAAAGAAUCAUUAAAAGAAAUGAAGUCCAACAAGGAGAAGACAACCAAGUGCAAAGAACCAACACCAUGUACAGUUUCUUCAGAAGAAUCAACAAACAUCAGACAACCGACAGAUAACCCUAUCUUGCAUUAUUUAAUAAAGACUUGUUCAACGUGCGCUAAAGCUAGAAAGACCCUGGCCUAUGUCCUGAGAUUCAUUAACAAUGCAAGAAAGAAAGAAAACAACAUGAGCCCAAUUUCACUAGGAGAAUUGAGAGAAUCCGAACUGCAGAUGUUUAAGUGGUGUUAA